CUAAGGUACUCGGCAUAGUUGUUAGGUAAUAAAAACUGUUGUUUGCUCGCUUGCUCCUUCCUCAUCUAUGAUUGCUUCUAUAAUAGGGCAAUCUCUUGAUUAUUUUAUUUUAUUUUACUGCUUUUUACUAAAUAACUAGGUAUGUACUACCAGUCAUAGGUACUACCUACUAGGUAGUCGCCAUGUAAUGAAUACUCCUUCCAAGAAUAACAGAUAUGGGCAAUGGGCAUACAUAAUGAAGAAUCUUGGAAGGUACUAUGUAGGUACGGUUGGGUUGACUUGUCUUUCACUUUGAAAUCAGAAUUCUAUAAUACCUAAAACUUUGUAACCUCUUUCUUUUCUUCAGGUUGGUUUCAUUAUUGAACUCGAUUCAAAUUGAGUCAAAUCUAUAGGUAUGCACAAACUUCAAUGUUGUGCUUCUAGUAUAUCAUUAUCCCAAACAUCCUAGGUACCUACUACCUAUUCCAGCAGAAACUCGGUUACUAGUAACUUACUACUCGACACAACUAUGUUUGAUAUUCAUCCUUCCUCUAUCGUCACUCCAGCAUUGUGUGUCCACUAUGGCCCAUCAAAUCGCGCAGAUAUCAUGCUGGGUCGAUGUGGACCAACCAGAAGGUUCUAACCCGCCAGGCUUCUCUGUGAAUGCCUCACCAGGAGACAAAGCGAGCCGCCGCAACUCGCAGCAAUUCAUAGACUUCCCCUUAUUCGUAGGGAAAGUUGUAUCUGUUGGACGUGACCAUCAUGAAAAUGAUAUCUCAAUAAACCAUCCUUAUAUCUCAAGGAAACACUUGGUCAUAUAUUCAGUCGUCUAUGACCCAGAAGAUACCCAGAAUCAGCCACCCCUGCUAUACGUUCGGGACUGCCAGUCUCUUGGAGGUACCUACGUGGAUGAAAAAUGCAUUGGCAAAAGAGAAAACGGCAUUUCAUCAGGCUUCUAUCUCAGCCGAGAUGUCGUGAUAACUAUCAAGCCUUACUGGAAAUUUCGGGUAUCUCUUCUGCAAGACACUGAGUUCAAAACUCCGUUGACUGCAAUUCAACUGAAGGAAUCUAGUCUUUUUAGUGACCGAUACAUAAUUACCAACCGAGUUCUAGGUAGUGGGGCCUACGCCUCAGUUCAUCUAGCUGUUGAUGCAAAGACGGGAAAACAACUGGCCUGUAAAAUCCAUGACUUUGAUCGUCUUAGACGAUUUCCUCAUGCGCAAGACCUUAUACGACAUGUUAUACAUGAAACUGAUCUACUUGGGAAGCUGAGGCAUUAUAACCUCCCUACAUUCGAAUACGCUUUUCGUUCAAAGCAUAGUCUCUACACCUUUUCUGAACUGGCGACUGGCGGUGAUCUCUUUUCCAUGCGCGCAGUCCAUGGAGCCUUUUUAGAGAAGAACUGCAAAUUUAUCAUCCAGCAGAUCGUGAAUGCUGUACGCUAUCUCCACAAAGGAAGCGUUGCACAUCGUGACUUAAAGCCAGAAAAUAUAUUCUUUGCUACAGGACCAGACAUAAAAAGCCGAGUUAUUGUAGGCGACUUGGGUUUCGCAAGAUCCACAGCUUCGGGUCGUAUGGCUAGCCGGGUAGGGACGAAUGAGUACAUGGCCCCAGAGAUUGAACUUAGCUAUGUACAUGAUAUAGCUGUUGAUAUGUGGUCUCUUGGCAUGAUCGCCUUGUUUCUGUUAAUACCCGUUGGCAAGUUUGCGCCUAGCAGCCGUGUUAGGGUAAGCCAAGUAGCGAUUGACCAAUGGCUUAACAUUGUCUUCGAAGACUUGCCUCAUCAAAGGUUAAGCACACCUUGCCGGGAUUUCAUUCGGUCUUGCUUGAUGUUUGAGCCUGAGAGCAGGCUAAAAGCAGCAGAAGCGAAACGUCAUCCUUGGUUUCGUCAAGAGCCGGAUAGAGGAGAAUUCAAAGUCCUCGUCCAGGAAACCGUUGAGGGCAGCGAGACGGUAGUACUGGCCACUCGACCGCCUCAACGAGGCCAAAUAAGAGAGGGCACGAAUGCAUUGAUUCAGGCGAGAAGGAUUACGAAAAGUCUCGUCACUUUGCCAUAGCAGAUAUAAAUACAGCCAAGCGAUUCAAAAAUUCCACAUUGAUUUGUGAAUGCCCCUCCGCCGCCGCCCAAAACAACAUCGCUCGCGCAGGUUUGGACGAAAACAUAGGUACGGUUUUAUUGAGUCCUGGCCCAGUUAUUCAAUAAGAAAUAUGUCAAUCACUAG